AUGGUGGAAGACUAUGACCCGUUGGAAACUUCGUUAAUGAUGGGGGCCCAAUUUCAACAACUUGUAAACAUUUACGAGAGUUCGUCGUCCGCAUUUCCCCCAUUAAGAAGAAUCCCCAACCGAGAAUCCACGUACUCGGGUUUGGACUGGGACUGCAUUGGCGCAAUUGACGGGACUAUUAUACCUGCGUGGGUGCCAGAAGGACAACAGGGUUCCUACAGAUGUAGGAAAGGGUAUUUAGCGCAAAAUGUGAUGUUGGCGUGCGAUUUUGACCUCAAGUCUACUUUUGUUCUGGCGGGUUGGGAAGGCAGCGCAAACGAUGCACGCAUUUUCAAUCAGAAAUUGUCGGACCCCAGAUAUAAUUUCUCCUAUCCACCACCCGGUAAAUUCUACGUGGUGGACUCCGGAUAUGCACACAUUCUGGGUUUCAUGACACCAUAUCGUGGUGAAAUAUAUCAUCUUCCGGAGUGGUUGGUGUCUAACCAAUUGCCCGACAAUGCUCGUGAGUUGUUAAUUAGACGACAUGCCACUAUCCGUAAUGUUAUCGAACGCAACUUUGGUUUGCUAAAAGGGAAGUUUCCAUGA